AUGCCAGGCAUAACUCUAGGAGACACGGUGCCAAACCUAGAAGUGGAGACUACACAUGACAAGUUUAAGCUCCAUGACUACUUCGCCAAUUCUUGGACCGUCCUCUUCUCUCAUCCCGGGGAUUUCACGCCUGUAUGCACGACGGAGCUCGGUGCGAUGGCAAAAUACUCUAACGAGUUCGAGAAGAGAGGCGUGAAGCUCCUUGGUUUGUCUUGUGACGACAUACAGUCACACAAAGACUGGAUCAAGGACAUAGAGGCCUUCACGCCCGGAAGCAAGGUGAAGUACCCAAUAAUCGCUGACCCGAACAAGGAGAUCAUUCCUCAGCUUAACAUGAUUGAUCCAAUCGAAAAUGGACCGUCUCGUGCCCUUCAUAUCGUUGGUCCGGAUAGUAAGAUAAAGUUAAGCUUCUUGUAUCCGUCGACCACGGGACGUAACAUGGACGAAGUGUUGAGGGCUUUAGACUCGUUGUUGAUGGCGUCAAAGCACAAGAACAAGAUCGCCACUCCGGUUAACUGGAAACCGGACGAACCGGUUGUGAUUUCGCCUGCCCUCUCGGAUGAAGAGGCUAAGAAGUUGUUUCCUCAGGGUUUCAAGACUGCCGACCUCCCGUCAAAGAAAGGCUAUCUGCGUCUCGCCGAUGUUUCUUGA